UUUGAUAUUGAUGAUAAAGUAUUGAUAAUAUUUAAAAAUAAGAAAAAUGUAAUAUUAAAAAUGGAACUUAGUAAAGAAACAGGUGAGCCUAUGGAGGUAGAAGAGCCAACUGUCAGUCCAUCCAAUGUUCAUAAUAAUCAUAUUAAUAAAAAGAAACAAUCUAAAUCAAGUAAACCUAAUGAUAUAAAGGAUAAUUGGAGUAAUAAGAGGCAUAAGAAAGACAACACACGCAGUGAUACCUUAGAACCUUUGAAAUUACAUGUUCCGCCUUCUUUAGAACUUACCACUCCUACAUUCAACUUAACUUCUUCUUACACUAGAACGCGUCGUAGUACAGCCAGUAUAAAAAAGUCGGAUGUUAGUAAUGCUAUUUUCAAAAUCCCAUUUGAGCAUGGAUGGAAACGAGAAUUAGUUUACAGAACACCAAGUGAAUCUGCUGUUCUCAAUCGGGCACAUACUAGAGCUGAUGUAUACUAUCAUUCUCCAAAUAACCAAAAACUACGAUCAUUACGAGAAAUUCAGGAACUAUUGAAUAUUUCAUCUGAUAAAAGUUUUCUAACUACAGAUUAUUUUACUUUUGUUAGAAAACCAAUUGGUGUCAAUGAUAGAUCAAAAGAACUGAUCAGAAAUGCACAUUUCAAAUCAUUUAAGACUUCCUCAAGAUUAAGAUCCAAAAAAGGGAAUUCAGAAUCAAUGGAUACAUCUUCAUCCACACCUAAAUACAUAUCUGAAGACCAGCAAGCUGUUCAAUCUAGUAUAUCGACAAAAGUUUCUCCUAAACUUGAGAACAUUGAUAUAAAUACCACAAUCAUGAAAAAACGAACACUCAAUUCUGAAGGUAAGCUGGAGCUUAAAAAAUUGCCAAAAAAUUGUCCAGACAUCCUUCUUCAUAUUUCUGUCAACGACCAAGUCAUGAAGUCGUCAUUUGACCCAAAAGAUAACUGUUUGGUUAAAAUUUUAGGUCUUCAUUAA